GGUGGCGCGCCCUCCAAUGCCACCACAAAGUUCGACCAACAAGGAUAUCAAGAAGAAACCGAUUGGGAAUCGAAAGAAAUCCGGAAGCGGCAAUUUGGUGCGUGAUAAUAUUCGCAUUUCCGUGAAGGUGAACUGCUCUGAGGUGUUUCGCAGCUACAAGAACUUGAUGUAUAGCAUUCGCAAGCACCAUUCCAAGGUGGUCAUCGUCACUCGCCAGACGUCCAAGCAGAAGAAAUCUGAGAUUUAUCACUACGCCGAGAAAGCCAAAAUACCAGUCAUUAAGUACCCUCGCCCCUAUAUUGAGUGCUCGAAUGCGUGCGGCAAAGUAUUCCGCCUGCCCAUCGUGGCCCUGACCACGCCCCAUGAUGCCAACAACAUCCGCAGGCUGGGCAAUAAGCUGAUGUCUGGCAUCGCCCUAUUUCUAGAUGGCCGAGACUUGAAAAUAUAGUUCAAUUGUCAAAAUAAACGUAUACACAGAAAUGUAUCCCAAA